CAGGCGGUGUUCACGCUCCUCGAUCAGCUCACGGCGUGGAAAGAGGAGACGUCCGCCGCCGUCGCCGCGCUCAAGGAAAAAUCCGCGGACGAACGCGUGGCGCGGACGCUCGAGAACGCCGGCGCCCUCCUCGAGUCCGUCCCGCGCGAGCUGCUCGCGCGCGCGGCGCUGAAGUGCGGCGCCCCCGCGCGAGCGCUUCUGUACUUUGAAGAUCAUCUCCGCGCGCGGAAGAACGUUCUGAAUCAGGCGGCGCUGCGAUCGGGCGAGCCCGAGGGCGGCGGCGGCGGGCACGGCGCGGUCGCGGCCGCGCGACGACGCGCGGAGGACGCGCUGUUACAGCACGAGCAAGCGGGGGAGUGGACGGAGGCGUUGACGCAUUACGACACGACGACCGCGCUCGACCCCGCGGAGUGGGGUCGUCUUCGAUGCCUUCAAGGCCUCGGGCACCUCCGCGCGCUCGAACGAGAGGCGGACGCGCUCAUUCAGGAGCGCCCGGCGGCGAGGGCGGAGCUCGCGGAGGCGGGCGCCGCCGCGGCGUGGCGCCUCGGACGGUGGGAUUCCCUCGAAGGCGGCUUUGGCGGCGCGAACGGCCGCCCCGGAGGCGAAGCCGCGAUCGGCAGGGUGCUCCUCGCGUUGCACCGCAGAGACGCCGAGGGGGUGACGCUCGCGGCGACGGCGGCUCGAGACGCGGUGAUCACCCCGCUCGCGGCCGCGGCGAUGGAAGGGAGCUACCGACGCGCGCACCCGGCGAUCGUGCAGCUGCACUUGAUCCGCGAGGCCGAGGAAGCGAUGCGCGCGGUGUCGUCCUUGAGCGAGAAGACGCCCGGGCGCGCGAGAGGGAUGGACCUCCUCCGCGACUGGGAGGCGCGUCUGGACCUGACGCCCGCGGCGCUCGCGACGCGGGAGCCCAUCCUCGCGCUGCGCCGAGCGACGUACGCGGCGCUGGACGCGCGCGACGCGGGCGCGUACACGUGGCUCGCGCAGGCUAAGCUGUGCAGGCACACCGGGCACCACGGCGCGGCGCAGCUCGCGCUGCUCGAAGCGCGAGCGGCGCUCGACCCCGGGAUGGCGCUCGCGGUCGAGCAGGCGAAGCUCUUGUGGGCGACGGGGAGGCAGCACCGCGCGGUCGUGGAGAUCCAGGAAGCGCUGGACGACGUGUCCUUGCGAGAGACGGACACGAAGACGGCGUCUCACGCGAUGCUGCGGCUCGCGCGGUGGAGCGCGGCGACGGGGCAGCGACAGAAGACGGACGUGUUGCACAUCUACAGCAACGUCCUGAAGGACCAGCAGCACACGGAGAAGGCGAACUUCCACGUCGCGAAGUACCUCGACGACCUCCUGAAGGACGCGCAGAAGCGAGAGCAGCAGCGCGCGGCGAUGGGCGGCGGCGCGGACGGCGAAGGCGGCGGCCAGCGCAGGCGUAAGAACCAAGAGGCGGAUGAAAAGUCUUUGGACUACGUCGACGACAUCAUCACGCGGUACGCGACGUCGCUUCGUUACGGGCACUCGCACGUGUACGAGUCCCUGCCGAGGAUGUUGACGCUGUGGUUCGACGUCGGAGCCGCCGCGGCCGCGCACGAGGCGACCGCGGCGAGGUCGAGUGGACGAGGCGCGGCCGCGGCGACGACCUCGACGCUCACGGCGGAGCAGCAAAAAGAACGCCGCGUCGCGAAGAAAGCGACGGACGUCUUGAAGCAGUUCUCCGGGUCGCUUCCGUUGUACACGUGGCUCCCCGCGCUGCCGCAGCUCACGUCGCGGCUGUGCCACCCGCACGCGGAAGUCCGACAGCUCAUCCAUCAGAUCCUGUACCGGCUCGUGAAGAACUUUCCGAACCAAGUCCUGUGGAGCAUGACGGCGAUGGCGCGGAGCACGCACCCGGAACGCGCGGAAGCCGCGGCGAGGAUCCUUCAGAAGGCGAAGCAAGACGCGGACGCGUCCAUGCGCCCGCUGUUCGACCAGUCCUCCGAGCUCGCCGCGCAACUCAUCAAGCUGUGCAAAUACGAGCCCCCGAAGGGCGCGGACCGGCGCGCGCCGAAGACGUUUUCCUUGAGAGCCGAGUUUCCGAAACUCGCGUCGCUCGUCGAGGGCGAGGAACUCGGCGCGAUGAUGGUCAUGGUCCCCGGGCAGAGUUCGCUGACGCCGUCGCUCCCGCCGGCGACGUUACGGAACGCGGCGCAGCCAAACCUCGUGCCAACGGUGUCCGAGUGGUCCGCGUUCCCGUCGGACGUCGCGGUGAUCGCGUCGAUCGAAGACGAAGUCGCCGUCUUGUCGUCGCUGCAAAAACCGAAAAAGCUCACCGUGAUCGGCUCCGACGGGCACGAGUACGCGUUCUUGUGUAAACCGAAGGACGACUUGCGCAAGGACUUGCGCAUGAUGGAGUUCACGACGAUGUUAAACAGACUGCUCGCCAGGGACCCGUCGUCUCGGAAGCGCCGUCUGUACCUCCGCACGUUCGCGGUGAUUCCGCUCACGGAGGACUGCGGUCUCAUCGAGUGGGUCCCGAACACGACGGGGUUGCGUCACGUUUUACAGGCGCUGUACGUCCAGGACGGUCUGUACCACAAGCGGACGCUCGUGGAAGUGAAGGAGAUGCACGAGCGCCUAAAGUCGCGACCGUUGACGUGGAUGAGCGAGAUCUUAGAGAAGUUCCCGCCCGUGUUUCACCGGUGGUUUUUGAACCGGUGGAAGGACCGGCCGGCGGCGUGGCACGGCGCGAGGACGGCGUUUUCGCACACCGCCGCGGUGUGGUCCAUGGUCGGUCACGUCGUCGGUUUAGGCGACCGGCACGGGGAGAACAUCCUCUUGGACCAAGAGUCCGGGGACUGCGUCCACGUCGACUUCUCGUGUCUUUUCGAUAAAGGCUUGGAGCUCGAAACCCCCGAGAUGGUGCCGUUUCGGUUGACGCAAAACAUCGUCGACGGCCUCGGCGCGGGCGGGUACGAGGGCACCUUCAUGCGCGUGUGCGAGAUCACGCUGGGGGUUCUUCGGUCGCACCGCGAGGCGCUGAUGAGCGUGCUCGAGACGUUCGUGCACGAUCCGCUCGUGGAGUGGGCCGCGAGCCGCGCCGGGCCGAAGACGAGCUCGGGCAAGAGUAAAGCCGACGAGGGCGUGGAGAUCGAGCGAGGGAAGGACGCGUUGGAGAAGAUCCGGUCGCGGCUCGAGGGGGUCGUCGUCGGCGUCGGCGCCGCGCCGUCGCUGCCGCUGUCCACGCAGGGGCAGACGCGGCGGCUCAUAGAAGAAGCGACGAGCAGAAAGCACCUCGGGAGCAUGUACAUCUGGUGGAUGCCGUGGUUCUGAAGAGAGGGAGAGAGGGGGAGCGACGGAGAGGGGACGACGCGACGGCGCGGCGCGGCGCGAAAAGGAGGAAGACGCGUCGAUGGAUAUUACGAAGAAACUAUUUAGCGAUCAUAGCGACAUUGUCGAUCACGCACGCACACGAGGCACGGGAGUUUAA